GUUGUUGGGCAUGCCCAUGAGUCUGGAGGUUGUGCCCCCAACCCCACCAGCACAGACGUUCCUGCGUUCAGCAGGGACCCUUCUGGAGUCCUUCUUCUUCUGACACCCUGUGCGCCUCUUCUUCUGACUGGUCGUCAUUAUUAUAAAUCCAUGCUCAGCAUUCAGGGGCCUUUCUACUUCCUCCUUGUCUUCACGGCUUCCGUCAUAUUCCACCUCCAGCAGCGGGCAGUGAAGAUUCAACCCAUAACAAAGAAGGCACAGAUGCUGGACCCGGUGACGACCGCGAACAGCACGAGCCAGCCACCCAGGGGCAUGUGGACCAUCAACUCGAUAGGCCGCCUGGGGAACCAGAUGGGCGAGUACGCCACGCUGUACGCCCUGGCCAAGAUGAACCGCCGCCAGCCCUUCAUCCCCGCGCAGAUGCACAGCACGCUCGCGCCCAUCUUCAGAAUCACCCUCCCGGUCCUGCACGACGCCACGGCCAGCAGGGUCCCCUGGCGGAACUACCACCUGAACGACUGGAUGGAGGAGCGCCACCGCCACAUCCCCUGGGAGUUCGUGCGCCUCACCGGCUACCCCUGCUCCUGGACCUUCUACCACCACCUGCGCCCCGAGAUCCUGCGGGAGUUCACCCUGCACGACCACGUGCGCGAGGAGGCCCAGAGGCACCUGCGGGGUCUGCAGGUGAGAGGGGGCCGGCCGAGCACCUUCGUGGGGGUCCACGUGCGCCGGGGGGACUACGUGCACGUCAUGCCGCGGGUGUGGAAGGGCGUGGUGGCCGACCGGACGUACCUAGAGCAGGCGCUGGACUGGUUCCGGGCCCGCUACAGCGCCCCCCUCUUCGUGGUCACCAGCAACAACAUGGACUGGUGCCGGCAGAACAUCGAUGCCUCCCGGGGCGACGUGGCCUUUGCUGGCAACGGCGUGGAGGGCUCCCCGGGCAAGGACUUCGCGCUGCUCAUGCAGUGUAACCACACCAUCAUGACCAUUGGGACCUUCGGGGUCUGGGCCGCCUACCUCGUGGGGGGAGUCACCAUCUACCUGGCCAACUACACCCUCCCGGACUCUCCCUUUCUCAAAGUCUUUAAGCCAGAGGCGGCCUUCCUGCCGGAGUGGAUCGGGAUUGCGGCAGACCUGUCCCCGCUACUCAAGCACUGAGGGCAGCCUGCCUGGGGCACUUCCUUCUCCUUGUCUGCCUCCGCCCCAUCCAUUCUGAGGCAUAAAGAGCACAGUUCCCUAUACCAGGACCCGUCCCUCUUGCAUCGAAAUACUCCUGACUGCGAGAAACGGAAGUCCCACGGAACUUGUUUAAUUAACAGGGCUCAGUGAACUGAGCACUGGCCUGCAAACCAAAAGGUCGCAGGUUCGAUUCCCAGUCAGGGCACAUGCCUGGGUUGCAGACCAGUUCCCAGCAGGGGACCCACGAGAAGCAAUUCUACAUUGACAUUUCUCUCCCUCUCUCCUUCC